AUGCAGUUACAGCAGUUUUAUAUAUGCUUACGACGAUCACGCAUACUUGCAGAACACGCAGAAUUGAGACUUGACUGUGAAUGCUACAGGUACAAAUACUUCUUCAUAACACGCACGGCUAUGUCAUGUCACCAGCAAACUACCCACCCACUCAUGACACUACCGCCUCAACAUCGCCAAACAAUGCGCCCAUUUUUCACGGCUGGCCGUCAUCUGAAUGACCAUGAUAUAUUGUUGAGGAUGAUAUGUUGUUCGAUAGUGCUUGAACUGUUCUAG